AUGGUUGAGAGUGCUGCGUUCCCAGGAGGGUAUUAUCGGAAUGCUUUUGAUGCGCCUGAUGAAUCAGAGGGCUCUGGAAGCUCCGCGCAGAUAGAUACUGAGGUCACCGCAUCUGAGAAUUCAAGCACUCCUGCACGAAAGUGUAUGACUUUGAACUCUUAUGAAGAAGAUCCUUACGGUGUCCAGAGACAAGUCUUUUCCUUGUAUAACAUGUCACUAUCUGAGAGGAAAGAUUUGAUCCAUCAGCUCAAACUGGAGCUGGAGCAGACGAAGAUAGUUCUUAAGAACGCCGAGUUGCAGAGAAUGAACCCUGCUUACGUGUCGUCCGCUAGUGAUAGGAUGGGUUUUAGCACUGCGCAAAAGCUAUCGUCUCGAGUCAGCAACUUGAAGAAGCCAUCUGAUUUUGCAAUGGGACCGGGGAAGAACGUUCGGCAUCAGACUGGGACUACUUCUCGUGGAUGGAACCGUGGCUCCUCGGGGAAGUUUGAGUCUUCAAAAGAGUCUAUGGCUAGUGCUCCUCCCAACAUCACACUCAUGAAGCAAUGUGAUACGCUGCUGAAAAAGCUCUGGUCCCAUCCGCAUUCUUGGGUGUUUCAGACCCCAGUUGAUAUAGUGAAACUAAACAUACCUGACUACCCCACAAUCAUCAAACAUCCCAUGGAUUUGGGGACAGUGAAGAAGAACUUAGCUUCUGGUUUGUACUCGAGCCCACAUGAGUUUGCUGCUGAUGUGAGGCUUACGUUCACCAACGCAAUGACUUAUAACCCUCCAGGACAUGAUGUUCACGUCAUGGGGGAUAUCCUUUGUAAAUUAUUUGAAGCGCGCUGGAAAACUAUUGAGAAGAAGUUACCAGCGUGUAGCAUGCAAACUUUGCCUGCAACAACAAUGGAACCCAAUGACGAAAGGAAAGCUGCUAUGUCUGUCCCUCCGUCGAAGAAGAGAAAGAUGACUUCACCCGUUAGAGAGAGUGCUCCAGAACCGGUGAAGCCACUUAUGACAGCAGAGGAGAGGCAUAGACUGGGCAGACAGCUGGAAUCACUGUUGGACGAGAUUCCUGCACAGAUUACUGACUUUUUGAAGAAACACAGCUCGAAUGGAGGAGAAAUUGCCGAAGACGAAAUCGAGAUAGACAUUGAUGUGCUCAGCGAUGAAGUACUGCUGACUCUUCAGAAACUUCUAGAUGAUUAUGUCCAAGAUAAAGAAGCAAAGCAGUCGAAUGUUGAACCAUGCGAAAUAGAGCUUCUUAAUGGAUCAGGACCGAGCAAUUCUUCUCUGCUACGAGGGAAUAUAUUGGCUGAUGAGUAUGUCGGUGGGAAUGAACCUCCUAUCUCAGGGAGCUCCAGUGAUUCUGAGUCUCAUAGCUCUGAAGAUCAAUCUGAUGACGCUAAGCCCACGAUACAAGAGGAUUCUUCCAAGAUGCCUGAAACUGCAAAUUCCGAGGCGCAGAGAGAUGAAGAUACUAGAAAUGGUGAUCCUCUUGAAAGAAGUCAAUCUGCUGGUGCUGGUGCACUAGAUCAGAUGGAUAUUUGUUCUCAGCAAAAGCCAAGUUCUGAUGAAUCAGAUGGUCAACAUGAUGGAAAUAUAUUAGAGACUCCGGCUACGUCUGAGAAGCGCUAUAGAGCUGCACUGUUGAAGAACCGGUUUGCAGAUAUCAUUCUAAAAGCCCGUGAGAAAACACUUCCACAGAACAGUAUCAAGGGAGACCCGGAAAGGCUGCGCAAGGAAAGAGAAGAACUCGAAUUGCAGAAGAAGAAAGAGAGAGCACGGCUACAAGCUGAAGCGGAGGCAGCUGAAGAUGCUCGUCGCCAAGCUGAAGCAGAGGCCGCUGCAGAAGCUGCUGCCGAGUCUAAGAGGAAGAGAGAAGUUGAAAGAGAAGCCGCUCGCCAAGCUUUAUUAAAGAUGGAGAAAACUGUAGAGAUCAACGAGAACUCACGGUUUCUCGAGGACCUAGAGAUGCUGAGUUCGAGUGUACCUGAGCAGUUACCAAGCUCGGCCGAUGAAACCAGCCCGGAGAGACCUUUAGACGCACUUGGAAGUUUCAACCUCAGAGAAGGUAACCCUCUUGAGCAACUAGGACUGUACAUGAAACAAGACGAAGAUGAAGAAGAAGCAGAGGCUCCCGCUGUUCCAAACCCUCUCGAGCAACUAGGAUUGUUCAUGAAACAAGACGACGAUGAAGAAGAGGCAGAGGCUCCCGCUGUUCCAAACCUAGCCACUGACGUUGAAGAAGGUGAAAUCGAUUGA